AUGCAACAGUACAAAGAGUUACGCGACCUCAAUCUAUCCUUAGAAACUCUCUCAAACUCAGGCGAUCCACGAUUCUGGUCAACUCUGGGUACCCACGGUUCAGCUGGAUUGUUCAAGAACAUGGAUGUUUUUGAAGGACUUGUUAAAGCAGUUGCAUCACGAGCCACACGCGAAAAGGACGGAAAAUCACUUCGCGGAUUGAGGGUUCAACAACCAUGGGACGACUUUACAAUGACUCUAUGGGCAAUCAGCCCCGCCGCUGGUCGUUUCGUACGAGCAAAUCUACACUCACGAGAUGCUCGAAGCUUGCGGGAAACACGGCGAUUAAGUGGAAUGCAGUUGGCCGAUGGGCUCAACCUCUCAAACUUUGUACGCAUCUCUGAACAGAUCAAAAAGCUGGGCUACAAUGGUCCACUUGCAUUGGGGUCCGAUCAGACAGUAUGUGUAAAGACUCUCCGCGUCUAUAAUGGCUGUAUAGUAGGAGCUCAAGGGGGUGAUGUUGCGUUCAGCGGUGCCAAGGACUUACAAGCCAAAGUCAAAUCAAUAUUGGAAAAUGAUUCUUUAUGCACCAAGGUACGAGCAUACACCAUCCAGGUUCCACUCCCAAACGUACCAACCUUUGUAGUGGCAAUGCUGGCAAGCUAUAACAAUGAGAAGAGUGAAGAUAUCCUGACUUUACAUGACACAGCCAUCUCACUGGCCCAGAAGGCCGGUCUUAAUAUUCUCUCAAUUGGCUCAGAUGGCGCAGCCAACGAAUUGUCGGCCCAAGCGAUGCUUGCAAAUCUAGCAAAUGAAACACUCUCGUUUUCUUUUGUUGGCCUAGGAGUCAAGAUUCACGUGCCCUUGAUUGGUCAGCCACCUAGACCAAUUGUGGCUGUUCAAGAUCCCAAGCAUGCUCGAAAAACUGCAGCCAACCAGAUCUUGUCAGACGACGGACGGGCAUAUCGGACGUUUUCUUCCGAAACAGUCAAAGCUGCCUCGAACCUUUCUGAUGGAACUGGUCUUGCAGUUUAUCUUUUUGUGUGCGGCGAGCUAUGUGAUGCCUGGUUAAAUCGUCACAUGGGACACAGUGAACGUGUUAGAUCAGCAUGGACUGCGGCAUUCUUUCUUCGUAAAUGGAACAGCUAUCUUCAAAAGCGAAAGCAGGAGACUGGCUCAAUGAUGUCCCCCGAAAAGAACGGAAUUUCGCCUCAGAGUUUGAAAAUUUUCACCCAGCUUGCCGAAUCACUGAUAGCACUUAUAAUAUCACACCGAGAAUACUAUCCCGAAUUCCCGCUCCUCCCAUGGAAACAUGGCACUGAGAUGUGUGAACACCUCUUCGGUUGGCUACGUAUCAUUUCACCCAAUUUCACAGUUUUGGAUGCCCGUCAGCUUGUGCCCAAGCUCUUUGCGAUCAUCAAGGGAAUCAUGACCGGGACAUUCAAAGUUCCUAGUUCUGAACAUAUACACGCGGGAUACAAGCACUGUUUUGAAGACGAGGGUGACAAACCCACUGGCGAUCUUGGUUACUUUCCUUCAGACCACGAGUUACGCGAAGACCUUUCAGUUGCUGAACAGCGAGCAACCCACCUCGCACGUCUUUGUGGUAUGGAUGUACCAACUGAUGCCAUAGAUGACUCAGUUGAUCUUCCCACCGACUUGGAAAUUUUCGACAAUGACACACAACCCGACCCAUCUCAAACUGAAGGUAUUUCUGAGUGUACUAUCUGUGACAUUUCUGAAAGUCGUUCAAGGGACAUUGAAGUAGUGUAUCGUUUUGACCCGUCCGAGACCGACGAAAGCGAAGUUUUUGAGACUGCAGCCGCAAUGAUGGGGGAGCGACAAAAAUUGGAUGUGCAACUCACUGAGAUCGACGAGAAUGCGGUGGUGGAAACUCAUCUCAAUCGAGCACGCCUCACUUUGUCCGAUCUUUUGAACACCCCAUGUAUGUUCAAUUCCUCUUCACCCAAUACCAUACCAUUCACUGAUUACUGGCCAUCUUUUACUUGUAGUGCCCGAUGA